AUGAUGACACUGCAAACGGAAGAUAUCCGUGUGUGGGCAAAGGUGGACUUCUAUAAUACGGAAUGUACUGUCACCGAUAGGAGCUAUGUCUACUUCGAUACAUGCAGAAUUAAAGCGGUUAAUCGCACGUACAAAUACUUCUCGAUGUGCGCCAAGUUUCCCAGACGUCAAGCAGUUCACAACAUUUCGAUGGCCUUUGCUUUACUACGAAAAGCCAACGGCUAUAAGCCCUUCUUGUACAAUUUCACUGUGGACGCCUGCAAAUAUAUGAAGAAACGCAAUAAUCCCGUUAUUAAUUAUUUUCACAGUUGGUUUGAGAAAUAUUCCACGAUUAACAGAACUUGUCCUUAUGGACCGGUAAGGUCGUCUCAUGUUGGUUUCCCACCACACCUGCGACUAGCUAAUCCGCACUUAUCAUUUAUUUCCAGCAAGAUGAAGUCGUCGACAAACUUCCUGUUAGUCACAUCAACCAUUUGGCAACAGAAAUUCUUCCGGUGCCACUCGGUGAAUAUGUGUUUCACACAAGCUGGUAUUUCUACAAUACCAAAGUGGCAAUUGUGA